UCUCCCUUCUCACUAGAAUCCGCCCUCUCUCCCUCCCUCCCCUUUGAGGGAGGUGAAAUGUGAUUGUUGCAUCCGACACAUGGUGAAGUCCGGUGGUGAACCGGCGGUUGAGGCUGCUACGGUCUCAUCUCACACGACCCAAUCUCCUCACUCGCCGGAACGGAAUCUCCCUCUCAUCCCACGGCCAAAGACAAAGAGGGCCGGGACUCCUUUCCCCGAGAGAGGCCGAAGUGAGCUGAAACGCGCAGGCCUUGAGACUAUUUCGGGGGUUAGUCGAAUCAAGAAGAAAAUGAUCUUCGAAAUGGCCGAGGAGCUACUCGCCGGAAAAAAUGAUGAGGGGACGGCGUCGCCGGAAGGAGAGCUGCCUUCCGAUGGGUAUCCGAGGAGAACGUUUGCUCAAAUGGCGAAGCCGGGCCCCUUCGAAACAGCUACGGGUCACUUACUCCUUCUCGACCAUGAGCGGUAUUUUGCUGCCGGAAUCUCGGACGAUGACCUAGUGGACCCCCCAUUCAAACCCAGCUCCCGGGAGGUAGAUGAACCGAAGAAGGAGUCGACAUCAAAUCUGGGUGAAGGGAGGGGGUCGCCGGAGGUUGAACAAGCUUGUGUUGGGGAGGUGCUGAACGCAUCAGCUCAAAUAGACAAGGAGGGGAGUACACCAACGUGUGAUUUAGAGGACUCCGAUUUUGAGGGGGUAGCCGGAACUUCGCCGGCGCCGGCCAGCCGGAACGGUGAUGUAACAGCCAAGGAGAUGGUGCUGGUCAACCAUCAGCAUGUGGAAGGUACAAGGGAGCAUGUGCAUCCUUGUCUUGAUGUGGGGGUGACAUGUGAGGAGUUGGAUGCAUGUGACUCACAAAUGAGGGAAAAGACAAAGCUUACUUUGCAUGGGGAAGGAAGUGUUGGCUCUCUUUGGGUAAGUGGCAAUUUGAAUUCAAAUUCUACUCCAUGUGCCACACACCCUCCUCCCAUACCAAUCGGUCAUGAAGAACACAAAGGGGACCGGACCCCCGACGCACAGCGGCCGGAAAACUCGCCGGAAAACCUGGUGCCGCCGGCGGGAGCUUGGAAGGGGGCGAAAUUACCCCACCCCCAAAAGGGGUCGGGGAGCGUGGAAGGAGAAUCAGCCACGUUCAAGGCCUUUAAGGCCGAGCCAAUACCUUUGGAUGACACCAAGAUUAAAGCCGUGGGGAAGGCCGGAUGCUUUGAUGGCACACCAACCCUUACCUUCUCCGAUUCAGAAACGGACGACCUCUCGGAGAAGCUAGGGCUAGCCGUCGUUGGAAAGUUCUCACACUCGCUCCCAUCCUCCUCCCAAAUUCAAAAAAGCCUUGGAGGUUUGGGGUUUGUGGGUUCUUUUACUUGGAAAUACUUGAACGCUAAGCAUAUCUUAAUUCAAUUCCAAGCGAUGGCCGACUAUGCUAAGGUCUUAAAUGGCCCCAAUGGGAACCCCAUUUGGUUUGUUGCGAUCCACCCGAUGAGGGUGUUUAAGUGGGCGCCGGACUUUGAUACCUUCUUCGAGUCGCCGGUUGUUGCCGUUUGGUGCAACAUCAUGGGAAUCCCGGCGCAUCUUUAUGAGGAAUCGGCUCUCAUGGCGAUUGGUAAACUACUAGGCAAGCCACUACAAGCCGAUCAUGCUACAAUCCAUCAAAACCGACUCUCCUUCGCGAGGAUUUGCAUAGAGAUUGACAUCUCUAUUCCUCCGACGAAAGAGAUCAUCCUUAAUAUCCGAGGCAAAGAUUCACGGUACAAAGUGGCAUGGGACCGUAUUCCACUUUUCUGUGCUAAUUGUAAACAUGUUGGGCAUGAGAAAGAGGAUUGCCAUGCAACAGGAAGAAAGGCUCGGGGGUAGAGACAAGGAGCGCCGAGCACCAUCCAAGGAGAACCACUCGAGCCAUCCCGCCAAGAUCAUCCGCCGUGAGUGGCGUCCAAAGGCGGAUGCUUGGUCCGGCACCCCACCGUCCUUUGGACAAUUGGAUAAAGCCAAAGAUUGUAACAACCAUGCGGAGAACUUUGAGGGUACAUCGGGUGCGGGAUCGGCAAAGCCAAGGGUGGCUAGUAGGAGUCACCCAAGUGUGGACAAGGAUGGCUUCCAAUUGGUGUUGAGGAAGAGGAAGGGAAAGAUACAUGAGGGCGGUAUGCACACCAAGGCUCCAAACGGUGAUGAUUGGCAUUUGAAGGAGAAUGUUGCUACGGUGACAUUUGGGAGUGUCCCAUCGGGUGCGAAUGACUCGAGCAUUUGCUCCAUGAGUGUCGCAUGUGGGCCCCCCAACCGGGAGAUAGAGGGCACCAUCGAGGUCCUUGACCCAGGAGGGCAUGUCCCUUGCGGAGGUAUCCCUAUUGUGGGCCUUAACUAGGUGAUGGACAAAGGUCGUUGGGGAUGCAAAGGUUGCAUCAAAUUGUAAUAGGAAUUUUGAGAGUAGAUAGAUGACCAUCCUAGUCGCUAGGGAGGCCCUCUUUGUACUCUAAUUUGUCAUGUCUUGGCGAGUCGUCACUUUUGGGCGACUCGGUGUAUGGUUGGCUGUUUUGAUUGGUUUUUGGUAAUGCACAGGUGUGGGUCCGCCUCAACCCUCCGC